GCAGUGCGCGCGCGCUCGUCCCGCUGCUCAGUAGUGUCGCGAGCGCACUUGGAGCGGGAGGCACGAGGAGCGCGCAGCGUCUCUCAGCGAGCGGCACGCAGACAGAGCGCCGGAGCGACCAUCAGACGAUAUUGGUGCUUUUUCACAAAGCAGCUGCGCGGCGUAUAAAAAAGUUGCAGCGAGCGACCCCACCCAAGAGGCAGACAGCGCACGGGUGAGAGAGCGCAGUCAAUAAAAAUGAGCAGUCCACACCCACGCCUCCACCAGUCGAGCUCUCCCGUCUCCAGCGCCGCUCACGCCCCGGACAAGGACGCGGACAUGCCCGCCACGGAGAAGGAUCUGGCCGAGGACGCGCCGUGGAAGAAGAUCCAGCAGAACACGUUCACCCGCUGGUGUAACGAGCACCUGAAAUGCGUGAACAAGCGCAUCGCGAACCUGCAGACGGACCUGAGCGACGGCCUGCGGCUCAUCGCGCUGCUCGAGGUGCUCAGCCAGAAGAAGAUGUUCCGCAAGUACAACCAGCGCCCCACGUUCCGCCAGAUGCAGCUUGAGAACGUGUCCGUGGCUCUCGAGUUCCUGGAUAAGGAAAGCAUCAAACUUGUGUCCAUCGAUUCUAAGGCAAUUGUGGAUGGAAACCUGAAGCUGAUCUUGGGUCUGGUAUGGACACUCAUCCUGCACUACUCAAUCUCUAUGCCCAUGUGGGACGAGGAGGAGGAUGCAGAAGCAAAGCAAAAGACGCCCAAACAAAGGCUGCUUGGCUGGAUCCAGAACAAACUACCUGAACUACCAAUCACCAACUUUAGCCGGGACUGGCAGACUGGAAAGGCACUGGGAGCGCUAGUUGACAGCUGUGCCCCAGGUCUGUGUCCUGACUGGGAUUCUUGGGACCAGGACAAACCUGUUGACAAUGCCCGUGAAGCUAUGCAGCAGGCUGAUGACUGGCUGGGAAUCCCUCAGGUGAUCACUCCAGAAGAGAUUGUAGACCCCAAUGUGGAUGAACAUUCUGUGAUGACCUACCUUUCCCAGUUCCCCAAAGCUAAGCUCAAGCCUGGUGCUCCACUGAGACCUAAACUCAAUCCCAAAAAGGCCCGUGCCUAUGGACCUGGUAUUGAGGCCACAGGGAAUGUAGUCAUGAAGAAGGCAGAAUUUACAGUAGAGACCAUCAGUGCUGGGAUGGGAGAGGUACUGGUAUAUGUGGAGGAUCCUGCUGGGCACAGGGAAGAGGCUAAGGUGACUCCAAACAAUGACAAGAACCGCACCUAUUCGGUAUUCUACACUCCAAAAGUUGCUGGUCUGCAUAAGGUGACUGUGCUGUUUGCUGGACAACACAUCUCCAAGAGUCCUUUUGAGGUGGAUGUGGGUAUGGCACAAGGAGAUGCCAGCAAGGUUACUGCCCAGGGGCCUGGCCUGGAGCCUACAGGAAACAUUGCUAACAAAGCCACUUACUUUGACACCUACACAGCAGGAGCAGGAGUGGGUGAGGUUGAGGUAGUGAUAAUGGACCCCAGUGGAAAGAAGGAUACUGUCCCAUGUGUAAUUGAGGACAAGGGAAACAGCAGUUACCGCUGUACCUACAAGCCUAUCCAGGAGGGGCCACAUACAGUUUACAUCACAUUUGCUGGAGGAGCAAUUUCUAAGAGCCCCUACACUGUCACAGUGGGAGAAGCUUGUAAUCCAAGUGUGUGUAGAGCAACUGGACGUGGUCUCCAGCCCAAGGGACUGCGUAUUAAGGAGACUGCAGACUUUAAAGUCUACACAAAGGGUGCUGGCACAGGAGACCUGAAAGUCUCAAUCAAGGGACCAAAAGGCCUUGAGGAGCCUUGCAAGCAGAAAGACUUGGGUGAUGGAGUAUACAGCUAUGAGUAUUACCCCACCACACCAGGACAUUAUGUCAUCACAAUCACAUGGGGUGGACAACAGAUAUCACGCAGCCCAUUUGAGGUAAAAGUAGGGACAGAGGCUGGACCCCAGAAAGUGCGGGCAUGGGGCCCGGGGCUGGAGAGUGGUGUAGUAGGCAAAUCUGCUGACUUUGUGGUAGAGGCCAUUGGGGAUGAUGUUGGCACACUAGGUUUCUCUGUGGAAGGACCUUCUCAGGCAAAGAUUGAGUGUGAUGACAAAGGUGAUGGUUCAUGUGAUGUGCGAUAUUGGCCAAUGGAAGCUGGAGAGUAUGCAGUACAUGUCCUUUGUAACAAUGAGGAUAUCCAGCAUAGCCCCUUCAUGGCUGAGAUCCUGCAAGCUCCUGGAAAAGACUUCUUCCCAGACAAGGUAAAAGCCUAUGGCCCUGGUCUCCAGAGUAGUGGGCUGGCUGUGGGACAAACUGCAGAGUUCACUGUGGAUGCUAAACUUGGGGGUAAAGCACCACUAAAGUUACAGGCCCAAGAUGGUGAAGGCAACCAAGUGCCUGUGCAAGUGAAGGACAAUGGCAAUGGGACAUACAGCUGCAACUAUACACCUCGCAGACCUGUCAAACACACAGUCAUGGCAUCCUGGGGAGGAGUCAACAUUCCAGAGAGCCCCUUUAGGAUGAGUGUUGGUGCAGGAUGUCACCCUAACAAAGUGAAAGUGUCUGGUCCUGGAGUGGCAAAGACAGGUCUGAAGGCUUUUGAACCAACUUGUUUCACAGUGGAUUGUGCAGAAGCUGGCCAAGGAGACAUCAGUAUUGGGAUUAAGUGUGCCCCUGGAGUGGUGGGACCUGCUGAGGCAGACAUUGACUUUGACAUCAUACGGAAUGAUAAUGACACCUUCACUGUCAAAUAUACACCCCCUGGUGCUGGAAGCUACACUAUCAUGGUUUUGUUUGCUGAUCAGGCCAUUCCAAUGACUCCCAUUAGGAUCAAGGUAGAUCCUUCCCAUGAUGCUAGCAAAGUCAAAGCAGAGGGGCCAGGGCUUACCAGGACUGGUGUUGAGCUGAACAAGCCCACACACUUCACAGUGAGCACAAAAGGAGCAGGCAAAGCCAAACUGGAUGCCCAGUUCUCUGGGCCUACCAAAGGAGAAGCUGUCCGUGACUUUGAAAUAGCUGAUAAUCAUGAUGGCACCUACACUGUCAAGUAUACACCUGUGCAACAGGGUAACAUGGCUGUUAAUGUGACCUAUGGAAGUGAUUCCAUACCCAAAAGCCCCUUUACAGUGGCAGUGGCUCAGUCUUUGGACCUCAAUAAGGUCAAGGUGUCUGGAGUCAGUGACAAACUAAUUGUGGGUAAAGACCAAGACAUCACUGUAAAAACCAAAGGAGCUGGAGGGCAGGGCAAAGUUGCUGCUGUAGUGACUGGUCCCACUGGCAAGGCUGUGCCCAGUAAGGUGGAGCCAGGCUUGAGCCCUGAGAGCAGCCAAGUCCGAUUCAUCCCCAGGGAGAAAGGGCGCUAUGAACUUGCCCUCACUUAUGAUGGCGCACCCAUCCCUGGGAGUCCUUUCCCACUGGAAGCUGUUGCUGCAACUGAUCCCUCAAAGGUUCUUUGUUCAGGACCUGGGCUUGAACGUGCCAAAGUUGGAGAGCCAGGGAAAUUUGUGGUUGACUGUACCAAUGCUGGCCCUGCUGAGCUUACAAUUGAGAUAAUCUCUGACAAUGGUACAGAGGCAGAAGUACACAUCCAGGACAAUGGUGAUGGCACCUACACAAUCACCUAUAUCCCCCUGUACCCUGGGGUCUACACACUCACUAUCCGCUAUGGUGGCCAGGAUGUACCAAACUUCCCAGCAAGAAUCAAGGUAGAACCCGCUGUGGAUACCAGUGGAGUUAAAGUCUUUGGACCAGGAGUGGAAGGCAAAGGAGUGUUCCGUGAAGCCACCACCGAUUUCAAAGUGGAUGCUCGUGCUCUGACCAAAUCUGGUGGGAAUCACAUCAAAACCUGCAUCAACAACCCUUCAGGCAACCGUACAGAUGCCCUUAUUCGGGACCUUGGUGAUGGUACCUACCAAGUGGAAUAUACACCCUAUGAAGAAGGCUUGCACAGUGUGGAGGUGGCAUAUGAUGGUGCCCCAGUGCCUAACAGCCCAUUCAGAGUGCCAGUGGCAGAAGGCUGUGACCCAGCCAGGGUCAGAGUACAUGGCCCAGGCCUUCAGUCUGGAACCACCAACAAGCCUAACAAGUUCACAGUGGAGACUCGUGGAGCAGGUACAGGAGGCCUGGGACUGGCAAUGGAGGGCCCCUCUGAAGCAAAAAUGUCCUGCACUGAUAACAAAGAUGGCAGCUGCUCUGUGGAGUAUAUCCCCUAUGAACCAGGCACCUACAAUCUCAACGUCACUUAUGGAGGACAGCCUGUCACUGGAAGUCCCUUUUCAGUACCAGUACAUGACACAGUGGAUGCCACAAAGGUGAAGUGCUUGGGCCAAGGACUGGGAACCAAUGUCAGGGCCAACAUCCCCCAGGCCUUUACUGUUGAUGCCAACAAAGCCGGUGUUGCCCCUCUGAAAGUCCGAGUCCAGGGACCCAAAGGAGUUGUUGAGCCAGUAGAAGUGGUGGACAAUGGAGACCAGACUCACACAAUCAGUUAUGUCCCUACUAAAGAAGGCCCUUACUCAAUCAGUAUCCUGUAUGCAGAUGAGGAAAUUCCACGCAGUCCUUUCAAGGUGAAAGUACUGCCUACCCAUGAUGCUAGUAAGGUGCGAGCCAGUGGACCAGGCCUCAACACAACAGGGGUGCCAGCCAGCUUGCCUGUGGAGUUCACCAUUGAUGCCAAGGAUGCUGGUGAGGGACUGCUUGCAGUCCAGAUAACGGAUCCUGAGGGAAAACCAAAGAAGGCCAACAUCCAUGACAACCAGGAUGGGACAUAUCUGGUGUCUUACGUCCCAGAUAUGACAGGCCGUUACACAAUCUUCAUCAAAUACGGUGGCGAUGAGAUCCCCUACUCUCCAUACCGCAUCAGGGCUCUGCCGACUGGAGAUGCUAGCAAGUGCACAGUCACAGUCUCAAUUGGAGGUCAUGGGUUGGGUGCUGGAAUUGGCCCAACCAUCCAGAUCGGUGAGCAGACGGUGAUUACAGUAGAUGCCAAGGCAGCUGGAAAAGGCAAGGUGACAUGCACAGUGUGCACGCCGGAUGGUGCUGAAGUGGAUGUGGAUGUCGUGGAGAAUGAAGACGGUACUUUCGACAUCUUCUACACUGCUCCUCAGCCUGGGAAGUAUGUCAUCUGUGUGCGCUUUGGAGGAGAGCACAUUCCCAACAGCCCCUUCCAGGUUACUGCCCUGGAUGGAGCCCCAACUGAACAGCUUCUGCAGCAGACCCAGGUUCCUCAGUAUGCCUACGCGGCCAGUAUGGGUCAACCCUGGGCAACCGACAGACCAAUGGGCAUAAACGGAUUGGAUGUGGCUGGACUACGACCUUUUGACCUGGUCAUUCCAUUUACUAUCCAGAAAGGAGAGAUCACAGGUGAUGUACGUAUGCCAUCUGGAAAAGUGGCUAAACCAGACAUCACUGACAACAAAGAUGGCACAGUGACUGUGAAAUAUGCCCCCACUGAGGCUGGCCUUCAUGAGAUGGACAUCAAGUAUGAUGGCAUCCACAUUCCAGGAAGCCCCCUACAGUUUUAUGUUGACUAUGUGAACAGUGGCCAUGUAACUGCUUAUGGACCUGGACUCAUCCAUGGUAUGGUCAACAAGCCAGCCAUCUUUACAGUUGACACUAAGGAUGCAGGAGAAGGUGGCCUAUCAUUAGCCAUUGAAGGACCCUCAAAGGCUGACAUCAGUUGUACCGACAAUCAAGAUGGAACCUGCACAGUGUCAUACCUUCCUGUGCUUCCGGGAGACUACAGUAUCCUGGUGAAAUACAAUGACAAGCACAUCCCAGGAAGCCCUUAUGUGGCAAAGAUCACUGGAGAUGAUUCAAUGCGAAUGUCUCAUCUGAAAGUGGGGUCUGCAGCUGACAUUCCACUGGACAUUGGAGAGCUUGACCUGAGUCAGCUGACUGCUUCCCUCACCACCCCCUCAGGCCGGGAAGAACCCUGUCUGCUGAAGAUGCUGCGCAAUGGACAUGUUGGGAUCUCCUUUGUCCCCAAGGAGAUAGGGGAACACCUUGUGAACAUCAAGAAGAAUGGACAACACAUCCCAAACAGCCCCAUUGCUGUUAUGAUUAGCCAGUCUGAGAUUGGUGAUGCUAGCCGGGUUCGGGUGUCUGGACCAGGUCUCUCAGAAGCCCAGACAUUUGAGCCUGCAGAGUUUAUUAUUGAUACCAGAGAAGCAGGUUAUGGAGGUCUCAGCCUCUCCAUUGAAGGUCCAAGCAAGGUUGACAUUAACACAGAAGAUCAGGAGGAUGGUACCUGCAAGGUUACAUACUUUCCUACUGAACCAGGAAACUAUAUUAUCAACAUCAAGUUUGCAGACCAGCAUGUGCCAGGAAGUGCAUUCACUGUCAAGGUGACUGGGGAGGGUAGGAUGAAGGAGAGCAUCACCAGGCGCAGGAAGGCUGCCUCUGUUGCCAAUGUUGGCAGCCAGUGUGAUCUCAACCUAAAGCUCCCAGAAAGUGGAAUUGCAGACAUGACAGCACAGGUAACAAGCCCUUCUGGCAAAGUGCACAAAGCGGAAAUCAUGGAGGGAGAGAACAACACCUACUGCAUCCGCUUCGUGCCCACAGAGAUGGGUGUGCAUACAGUUAGUGUCAAAUACAAGGGCCAACAUGUACCAGGGAGCCCCUUCCAGUUCACUGUGGGACCACUUGGAGAGGGUGGUGCACACAAAGUCAGAGCUGGAGGACCUGGGCUGGAGAGGGCUGAAGCUGGAGUUCCAGCGGAGUUCAGCAUCUGGACCCGUGAGGCAGGAGCUGGGGGCCUUUCUAUUGCAGUGGAGGGACCCAGUAAGGCUGAAAUUGCCUUUGAGGACCGUAAAGAUGGAUCCAGUGGGGUGUCUUACAUUGUCCAAGAACCAGGCGAUUAUGAGGUGUCAAUCAAAUUCAAUGACGAACACAUUCCGGAUAGCCCUUUCGUGGUCCCCGUGGCCUCCCCAUCUGAUGAUGCUCGUCGCCUAACUGUUGCCAGUCUUCAGGAGUCUGGGCUGAAGGUGAACCAGCCAGCCUCCUUUGCAGUGAGCCUGAAUGGUGCCAAGGGUGUCAUUGAUGCCAAGGUGCACAGCCCAUCUGGAGCCCUGGAAGAAUGCUGUGUUACAGAGAUCGAUGAAGACAAGUAUGCAGUGCGUUUCAUUCCACGGGAGAACGGGCUGUACCUGAUUGAUGUGAAGUUCAAUGGGUCCCACAUCCCUGGAAGUCCCUUCAAGAUCCGUGUGGGAGAGAUGGGCCAGGCUGGAGACCCAGGCAUGGUGUCUGCUUAUGGGGCUGGACUUGAAGGAGGCAUUACAGGAUCUCCAUGCGAGUUUAUUGUGAACACAAGUACUGCAGGUACUGGGGCUCUUGCAGUGACAAUUGAUGGCCCCUCAAAGGUGAAGAUGGACUGCCAAGAAUGUACUGAUGGCUACAAGGUCACAUAUAUGCCCAUGGCCCCUGGGAACUACUUGAUCUCUGUAAAAUAUGGUGGCCCCUACCACAUUGUGGGCAGCCCUUUCAAGGCUAAAAUUACAGGUUCACGGUUGGUGAGCAGCCACAGCAUGCAUGAGACCACCUCUGUGCUGCUGGAUCCAGCAUCUCGUGGCAUUGCCACCAGCCAGCAGGCAGUGCCAGGGUGGGCUUCUUCAGAUGCCAGCCGUGUGGCAGCAAAGGGAAUAGGUCUGAACAAGGCCUUUGUGGGUCAGAAGAACACCUUCACUGUGGACUGCAGCAAAGCAGGACGGAAUAUGCUGCUGGUUGGAGUUGAUGGGCCCAAGGUGCCUUGUGAGGAGAUCCUGGUCAAGCACUUGGGCAACCGCAUAUACAGCGUCACAUACCAACUUAAAGAGAAGGGUGAAUACAUCCUGGUGGUUAAGUGGGGUGAUGAACACAUUCCUGGAAGUCCAUAUCAUCUCUCUGUGUAAAUCCUUACUCAGGCCUCCACCAAUGUCCAAUGAGAUGCAUAAACACUGAAUUUUUGCUUCCCCCUGUUUCUUGCUGUUAGUCUUAGGCUCUUUUACAAUAAAACCUUUUUGUUGUAAUUUUGCAGUAUGGAGAAAUCCCACACUUGCAAGUUCUGUUUGGGAAUUCUGGUGAAGGUGGCUUUUUUGUUUAGCUUUGGCACAUGAUUUAGAGAUUUUCAGUAGAUUGUGUUCCAGGUUUUUGAAAUGGAAUACUUCUGGGCAUAGUUGUCAUUGCAGUGGAAAAUGGUGCACUUCAGAUGGCAUAGGUUCUCAUGAGGGGAAUGUAAAUAACUUACAGCUUUGUCAUGGCUAAACAUGUGCCAAGAAGUUGCUUGGGCUUCUGCUCUCAAAAGGGUGUUUAAUGGAUUCACCAAACCCCUAACUUGCCACUGUUAGACUUUUUUCCCCCUCUAGUUAUGGUAAUCAGUGCAUCUCUGCAGGGGGGAGGUGGAGGGAAAUGUCUGCUUUCUAAACAUUGUUAGACUGUUACAGUAUUUUGAUAUGCAAUAAAGUUGUCUAAUGAUA